AUGUUCCCUUCGAAGAGCACAAUGGACUACAUGAAUGAAAUAAAUAGAUUGUUUCCUAAAUCGGAAUCUUUUGAAUCAAGGAAUACGCCACAGAACUACAAUUCUCCAUUUCAUACUGCGACUGCAAAUAAAUCAUCGAGUUCUGCGGAUUCUAUAUCACCAGAAUCGUAUUUUGAUUUUACACUUUAUAGACAAAAUGAUAAUUAUCUAUCUAGAAAUAGAUGUGAGACGCCGCAACGUACAUUUUUCGGAUCCUCGACUAACAUUAAUGAAACUAAAACCUUUGAGUCUCCCAAUAAUAUAUACAACACGCCGAUGUCGCCUCCAAAUAGUAUUUACGGCUCCCCUAAUUUAAACAUUUCACCCAGAAACAUAUUCGAUCGUCAAAAUAUACAUGAGACUAAAAUUUACGAACCUACAUUGGAUUUGUUACUAGAUGUGCCUAAUUAUAAUAUAAAUGCCGAAACAAACCCCAUACGUCGCAAACGUCCGAUCGUAGGAAGAAAGAUUCUUGGGAAUUCACAGCAGGUACAGAAAAAUGAAUCAAUAUUUGACUUUCAACUGGAGCCACUACAAACACAUGAACGAAAUCAGAAAAUUUAUGAACUUUUUCCAUCCGAGAGAAGUUAUUUACCUUCAAACAACAUUAUCAAACAAACUGAAAUAUAUAACACCGGUUUCAUAAAAAAUCCGUAUAAUCCAAGCCAACAACAACAAAAUCCUCAAUAUAAUACAGUAGAUGGAAGCAAUAUGUAUAAAAUGUGUACGUUCUGUCGUAAAAAUGGUGAAACUCCAGUCGUUUAUAUGACACAUAAUGUUAAGGAGAAAAUAAGCAAUCGGCAUAUAGUAACCUGCCCUAUACUGAGAUCACACAAAUGUUCAACUUGUGGUGCCUCUGGAGAUGAUGCUCAUACUAUUACAUACUGCCCGGUGCUAAGACGUUCAAAUAAUGGCAAACCAUUACAAUCUACAACUAUAACAUUGAAAAAUACAAGAAUUAAGAGUAAUGGAAGAAGACGCUACUAA